GUUGUUCCCGCAGAGAGGGCAGAAGAUGGCGGCCGUGUCGAGCGGGGCUGCCGCCGCCGCCGGGAUUCCGCACCCGAACCGCGACCUACCGCAGCCCGCCGCCUCUAUCCAUCAUCCGAGCCGAGCUGCCGCCGCCGUCGUCGCGGGCGUCAAUCGCCCGCCCCUCGCGCGCGUCGGCUACUAUGAGAUGGAGCGGACCAUCGGGAAGGGCAAUUUCGCCGUGGUGAAACUCGCCACGCAUAUGAUCACCAAAGCGAAGGUUGCGAUUAAGAUCGUAGAUAAAACUCAGCUGGACGAUGAGAAUCUGAAGAAGAUUUUUCGAGAGGUUCAGAUCAUGAAGAUGCUGAGACACCCUCACAUCAUUCGCCUGUACCAGGUGAUGGAGACCGAGCGUAUGAUCUAUCUGGUGACAGAGUAUGCCAGUGGAGGAGAGAUCUUCGAUCAUCUUGUGGCACACGGACGGAUGGCAGAGAAAGAAGCUCGGAAAAAGUUUAAGCAGAUCAUAGCAGCGGUGUAUUUCUGUCACUGUCGAAACAUCGUACACAGAGACCUAAAGGCCGAAAACCUGCUGCUGGAUCACAACCUGAACAUCAAGAUUGCAGAUUUUGGCUUCAGUAAUUUGUUCUCACGCGAGCAGCUGUUGAAGACGUGGUGUGGCAGCCCUCCUUACGCUGCACCUGAACUCUUCGAGGGGAAAGAGUAUGAUGGUCCUAAAGUGGACAUAUGGAGUUUAGGGGUGGUCUUAUAUGUUCUGGUAUGUGGAGCUUUACCGUUUGAUGGCAGCACUUUACAGAACUUACGAGCUCGAGUCCUAAGUGGAAAAUUCCGGAUUCCUUUCUUCAUGUCCACAGACUGUGAGUAUCUGAUCAGACACAUGUUGGUUCUGGAGCCCAGUCGACGUCUUUCAAUGGAGCAAAUCUGCAAGAACAAGUGGAUGAGACAAGGAGACCCAGACCCAGAGUUUGACAGAUUGAUCGAGGAAUGUGAGCAGGUGAAGGUGGAGAGAGAAACCGAGCUGAUCAAUGAACAGAUCUUAAUGGUCAUGUCAGAGAUGGGCUUCGACCGCGAGAGGACCUUACAGUCUCUGCACGCAGAUGAUUACGAUCACUACAGCGCCACCUACAGUCUGCUGUCUGACAAACUGAAGCGGCACAAGAGUCUGCGCGUGACUCCGCCCACACCGCGUCCCAUCUUCGCACUCAAUGCCGUGCAGGAUCAGAGUAAUUCUGUGAGUAUGACGGUUCCACAGGUUCAGCUCAUAAACCCAGAGAAUCAGAUUGUGGAGACGGACGGGGCGAUGGCUCUGGACAGUGAUGAGGGAGAAGAGCCCAGUCCAGAAGCGAUGGCUCGAUAUCUGUCCAUGAGGCGUCACACUGUGGGUGUGCCAGACCCCAGGGCUGAGCUUCAGGAGGAUCUACAGAAACUGGCCACUGGAUUUCCACGUGUGGCUCCUCAGCCGCCUUUCCCUGCGUUGUUGCCCACGAUGGCACAGAUGCAUCUGAUGCCCACGCCGAAUCUACAGCCCACCCAGCAGCUGGAGUAUAAGGAGCAGUCUCUCCUGCAGCCUCCGACGCUUCAGCUCUUGAACGGGAUGGGUCCUUUGGGUCGCCGGGCGUCCGACGGUGGCGCUAACAUUCAGCUUCACGCACAGCAGCUGUUGAAGAGGCCGCGCGGACAGUCGCCUUUAGUCACCAGCCCGCAUCCCAUACCUGCUGUGGCUCCAGUGGAUGAGGAAGAAUCUGAUGCUGAACCUGAUGCAGAAGCUGUUAAAAGGUAUUUGGCGAACAGUUCGAAGCGCCACAGCACCCACGGCGUGGGUCCCUGCCAUACGGCCAGCGAGCUCUCAACAGACAUACAGAGAGCCCGGCAGAGGGGCUGGACCCCCGAUCAGCACUGCCGGUCGUCCUAUAAAGACUGUAACACACUUCACCUGCCGAUGGAGCGUUUCUCUCCCGUCAGACGCUUCUCAGACGGCGCUGCCACCAUCCAGGCCUUCAAGACCCAACUUGAGAUCAGACAGCUCAAACAGGAGUGUGAACAGCUUCAGAAGAUGUACGCAACUCAGCAGGAUGAGCGUCUGUUGGAACACACACAGCAACAACACAUCCUCUACCAGCAAGAGAUACUACACCAGCAAUCACAGGCUCUGUCUUUGGCACAUGGAGAAAAUCAACCCAGCAGUCACCUUACAUACCAGCUACAGAGGUUGCGUAUUCAGCCCUCGAGUCCCCCUCCCAACCAUCCCAACAAUCAUCUGUACAGACCAGCUAGUCAGAGUCCUCCGCCGGGGAGUCAGGGGAUGAUGCAAGCGCACGGUGGGCCGUCUGCAGUGCAGUAUCAGCACGGCGCCGCCAUUUAUCAGUCUCCCAGCGCCAGCCCUCCGCCCACCAGCCUUCCCCGCAUGGCGCUAUCCAAUCAGCAAGCACCACAAGGACCGCCCACCCGCACGUUAAACCAGGCUCACCCGCAGCAGGUGACCAUUCAGGUUCAAGAGGUGGAACCUGGGGGCGGAGCUCAGCGGCAGGGUUUCCUAGCAACGCCGUGUCACAGAGUUCUGGGGAAACAGCUGAGUGCCGAUAACGCUGAAAGUCACAGUUGCAGUCUGAGUCGCUUCCACUGUUCUUCUACGUACGAUCAGUUUAACCCGCACCUGUUCGGCGAGGGGGUACACGGCUCCCCCGGUGUGACGGGAAUGGUGGGCACCUAUAACCCCUACCUGCAGGGGGCGUCUCUGAAGGUCCCCGGGCUGGAGGGCUAUCACGGCGGCGGAGGCGUCAUGGGUUACGGCAGUCCGUCCGCACUGCAGCAGGCUCUGCUCUCGCCGACGCCUUUGGAGUACCGGCCCGCCCAGCAGCACGUCACUCCCACGCUGCAGGGUCUCCUCUCGCCUCGACACUCUCUCACGGGACACGCCGACCCCCGGCUGCCCCCGCAAGACCUCGCGGCGCUGCUGAAACGGCAUCGCCCCGCGCCGUCUUCCGCCGUGACCGCCAACCCGCAGGACUACGGAGAGAUGUUACUGUUACAGCAGCUGGGCCAAGGGGCCGAAACCUUAGAGCACACCUCUCAGCAAGCCCCGCCCACACAGCACUACCAUCACCUGCUCCAAAUCAGGACCCCUUCCGAGUGCCCCGUCCCGACCCUUCCACACUCCGAGAGCAUGGAAGAGGACGAGAUGCCGAACUAUCACGAGGGCUUGCUGGCUAAAGCCGCCGCCCCCUGCGCAGAGGGACACGAGAUGUUGGCUCCUCCUCGCGGGGGCACGCCCCCUUACUCCUCCCCCACUCAUAGACACGCCUAUGUGCGUAACGCCACAACAACGAGAGAGUCGUGUGGUGAAGCUGUCGACUGCAGGGGGAUGGAUGGCGAUCACAAUGGUUACGGCUCACGGGCCGCGCAGGGCGACGCAUACAGACCCAGAGGAUCAUUACAGCGACAUCACACCAUCCAGACCUGUGACGACGCUUACGAACAGGCGGAGACUAUGUCUGGAAUGAGCUUAUUGGCUGGGAAGGCGCUGAGCUCCGCCCGCAUGUCAGACAUCCUCAGCCAAUCAUCUCUGAGUGGAAGCCAGCAGCUGCAGCAGCGAGGGGGCACAGCGUGUGACGUGGAGGCAGAACUUCACCCGGCCUCGUGUUACCCAUCAUCCUGCACCAGCGACAUGCUGCUCAGCUAUAAACCACCUGAUCUGCAGUACAGCGUGGAACAGGCCGGAGUUUAACCAACACAGGGGUGUAUUUGCUGUAUAAAGGUCAUAUCCCUCUGCUGUGUUGUGCUGUCAUGCCAAAUCCUCUUCAUCUGUCUGUCGGGUGCUGUGGGUGUGGCCUGCAGGCAGGAGGCGGGGCAGGAGGCUUCCUCCCGGCCAGCGUCACGUUGAAGUUUUCUUUGAUGGGAUACAGCGAGCGCCGCCCCGUCUGCUGCCGACCAAUAAUCAUCCACCCUCCCUCACCCCUUACACCUCCCUCUUAUCGUUGCCAUAGCAGCGCUCUCUGCGCACUCCGACGUACGAGGCGAACGCAAGAGUCUUACGAGAAAACACACACACACACACGCACAGAGACUCCAUUACCAAACGCCACAAACCCAAAGUAUUUCACUGAAGCCUGUGUUAGUUCACCUCUCGCCCGCCCCGCGUGUGGAUCGCUCCGGUCGGGCCGUGAUGUCAUGAACCACCCGUUCCCCGAGCCGGCGGCGGGGGGAGAGAGGGACGGCGUGCGGACGGCUAAAUCUCAAACACUUCCCACCUCUACUUUUUGCUUUCUUUUAACACAUUUUUAUGGCUAAUGUUCUGUAGGAAUUAUGAUUCUUCUUGUUUUCUGUAAAGACAUUUUAUCAGUCAAAUUAUGACGGUUGUUAGUAAAACGGUUCUGUGUUGCAAUAGCAGCGUUUCUUUCCUCACAAACUCAUUUUUGCACUUUUUCUGUUUUUGUGAUUUGUAUUUUCCUGCUUCAUUUCCUUUCUGUUUUUUCUUCAACCUCCUUCAUUCCAUCACUCUCUCAUCACUGUUGCUCUCUCUCUCUCUCUCUCUCUCUCUCUCUCUCUUACUCAAGCGCACACACUCACUCAUCUCUCUCUCUCUUUCUUUCUCUUUCUUUAUGUGUCUUUGUCUCUCUGAUGUCAGUGACAGCUGAAUUGUGGGUAGUAGAUGAUGGUGAUGUUUUUAUUAAGCUUCAUAUCUGUUUUAAAGCUUUAAUUGGUUAUUGUUUAUGUGAAUAUUGUUGAAAAAGCUUUUGCAUUUUUUGUUUUUUUUAUGUUAUAUUAAUUGUUUUAGCCAUAUUAACUGAGAGAGAGCGAGAGAGAGAUGCUUCAUUAUUCUCAGUUUUAAAGAGUUUGAAGUGAAACGUCAUCUUCAGUCUGACCAAACUAAUAGCUGUCGUAUGAUCUGAGGUGAGACCAGCGUCAUCUCUCAUUCUUGUCCUCUUCUGUUCUUUCAUCUUUCUGUCAUUUUGUUCCUUUUUUUUUUUGACUUUGUUUUUGGAAAAAUACUAAAGUGCAACAACAUCUAAAAAAGAAUUCCAGACAAACUGAAAUGAAAUAAAUAAAUAUAUAUAAAUAAAUAAAUAAAUGAAUAUGACAGAAAUGUG